AUGUCGUACCUCAACGCGACAGCUAUCCUUGAGCACGCGCUCCCUCACACCUCGGACACGUACUGGAACCAAUUCGACAAGGUCUCUGAAUACAAUGUACACCUCAACUACUUCGAGAAGCUGUGGAUGGCGUGGUAUGCCUACAUUGGCAACGAUGUGCUCGCCACUGGUAUCAUGUCUUUCUUGAUGCACGAACUCGUCUACUUUGGCCGCUCUCUUCCUUGGAUCAUUAUCGACUGCAUUCCCUAUUUCAACAAGUACAAGAUUCAGAACGUAUGUCGACCACCUGCUUCGUCUAGGCUUCCGACAAGCAUACUGACAUGGUCUUCAGCAAAAAUCCCUACUGCCGCUGAACAGUGGCAAUGCGCCAAGCUCGUUCUGUUGAGCCACUUCACUGUCGAGCUUCCUCAGAUCUGGUAA